AUAAUUUCAUCAUACACUUUGGUACACAUUUAAUUCAUUAUUGGUGUAAAACUUAGAUUUCUCACCAAAAGUGAUGGAUUCCCAUGUAUACUGGGAACUACAACCACUAGGUGAAACCACUUGCGGUCUACAUGCUCUUAACUGUAUUUUCCAAGGUCCUGAAUUUAGACUUGCGGAACUCCAGUCCUUAUCCAAAGAAUGUGGUAAACUCGAACGUGAUUUCCUAUCUCAGGCCGGUGUAAGCGAGGUCGAAUGUGAAACAAUGGCCCUAAGUGAAACAACCGGUAAUUUUGAUUUUAUGGUACUUGAAAAAGCUCUGGAGAAGAAGGAAUUCGUAUGUACGAGGCUCCAUGUAGACAGCAUAACGGAAGGACUUCUAGACCACAAACAUGCCUUUCUACUCAAUAUUAAAUCACAUUGGGUAUCAGCAAGGAAUAUUCAUGAUAAAUGGCUCUUGUUUGAUAGUAAGAAGGAGAAACCCAUUGAGUUGGUAUUGUUGGAGUUUUUGAGGGAGAGUUUGGCGGGGAAACAUACGGCGUUUUUAGUGAAGGAAAAAUCAGGAAAAAGGCUCCCGGUUUUUAAUCACAACAAGGACUUUCUGACCCCUAACCAAAAGUUCGAACCCCUAAACUUCACAGUAGAAUAAUUCGUCUAAUCCAAUCCAUGUCACUUUAAUUUUAAUUUAAUGAAAAAAUUUCAAAACACAUUCCGUUAAUUUCUUAAAAUAAGAAUGUGCUAUUCUUAUUU